CUGGUCACCAAGUUCCUGCAGCUGAUGAAGGAGGAGAAGAGCUUUGAACCUAACCGGUACCUGGUGGUCUCGGUGGCCAACGUCAUCUGUGCCAUGUGCUUUGGCAAGCGCUACGAGCACAAUGACCAGGAGCUGCUCAGCUUGGUGAAUUCAGCUGAGCAGUUUGAUGCCGUGGCUGGUGCUGGCUACCCUGCUGACUUCAUCCCCCUGCUCCGGUACCUUCCCAGCCGCAGCAUGAAAGCGUUUAUAGAUUUCAACAAGUCCUUCCUCAGCUUCCUCCAGAAGAUAGUCAAAGAACAUUACGAGACCUAUGAUGAGAACAACAUCCGAGACAUCACCGACUCCCUCAUUGAGCAGUGCCUGGAGAAAAAAGUGGAAAAAACCACUGCCACACAGAUCCCUAAGGAGAAGAUCGUCAACCUCGUGAAUGACAUCUUUGGAGCAGGCUUCGACACAGUGACAACUGCCUUAUCCUGGAGCCUCUUGUAUCUUGUGACGUACCCUGACAUCCAGAAGAGGAUCCAGAAAGAACUGGACCAGACCAUUGGCCGGGAGAGGAGACCUCGGCUGUCGGACCGGGGCACGCUGCCUUACACAGAAGCCUUUAUCCUGGAGGUGUUCAGGCACUCCUCCUUCCUGCCCUUCACCAUCCCACACAGCACAACUAAGGACACGGUGUUGAAUGGCUACUACAUCCCAAAGGACCACUGCGUGUUUAUCAACCAGUGGCAAGUGAAUCAUGACGAGAAACUUUGGAAGGAUCCAGAAACCUUCAACCCAGAGCGUUUUCUCAGUGCUGAUGGAACCAAAGUGAACAAAGAAGAGGGGGAGAAGGUGCUGCUUUUUGGCCUGGGGAAAAGGAAGUGCCCUGGGGAAACCAUUGCCAGGUGGGAGGUCUUCCUGUUCCUGUCCACCUUGCUCCAGCAGCUGGAGUUCAGUGUCUGCAAUGGCAAGAAGGUGGACAUGACUCCAAUUUUUGGAUUGACCUUGAGGCACAAAAGGUGUGAGCACUUCCAGGUCAAGCAGCGCUUCCCCAUGAAGAGCAGAAACUGAGCAGUGGGACCAGACAUCACCAGGGGGCAAAGACCUGAGUGUCCCUGUGGCAGAGCUGGGUCUGGUACACUGUACAGGAUGAUGUAAUAAACUGAAGCUAUUGAAACUCC